AUGGAAGGGAAUAAAAUCAACGAUGGUGUGAACGCAGGUUUUGAUCCAUCCCCAGAAAAUGGAGAUCUCAAGUCAAAACCUCAACCCACAAAGGAGCAGUUAGCUUCAGAUGUGUCUGUGGCAGAAAACGCACCAAAAAGUCGUCCACAAUGGGACAGCCAGUGGGAAUUCCUUAUGUCAUGUAUUGCGACCUCAGUCGGUCUGGGCAACGUCUGGCGGUUUCCGUUCGUCUGCUAUCAAAACGGAGGUGGAGCAUUCCUUAUACCGUACAUCAUUGUACUGAUUCUCAUAGGAAAACCCAUGUAUUAUCUAGAAACAUCUCUUGGACAGUUCAGCAGCAGUAACUGUGUAAAGAUUUGGGCUUUAGCACCUGCUAUGAAAGGAACUGGUUAUGCUCAAGCCCUAAGCGCAAUCUACGUGGUAACUUAUUAUAUGUCUAUCGUCGGUCUCUGCCUGUACUACUUAGUUAUGAGCUUUCAAUCCACGCUACCGUGGGCCGUUUGCCAACCAGAAUGGCUCAACUGUGUGCCUUCUGGUCAAAGUGUUAAUGAAUCUAUAGUUAUAGGAGAACCAAAGAGCAGUGCUGAAUUGUAUUUCACGCAAACUAUUUUGCGGCAGUCAGAUGGAAUUCAUGAUGGCAUUGGUGCACCUCUAUGGGAUCUUACGGUCGCUUUACUCGUGUCUUGGAUUAUUAUUUUUGUCAUCAUUUCUCGUGGGGUUAAAAGUUCGGGCAAAGCCGCCUAUUUUCUCGCAUUGUUUCCAUAUUUCGUUAUGCUCAUCUUGUUAAUAAGGGCUGUCACAUUACCAGGCGCUGGUAUGGGUAUUAUGUUCUUCAUUACACCUGAGUGGGGAAGAAUCUUGGAAUUAAGAGUUUGGUACGCAGCAGUCACCCAAGCGUUCUUCUCCCUAUCCGUCUGUUCUGGAGCUCUCAUCAUGUUCUCAUCUUAUAAUAAUUUUAAACAAAAUGUCUACAGAGACUCAUUGAUCGUGACUACACUAGACACAUUCACCAGCUUGAUCUCGGGUAUUACUAUAUUCGGGGUGCUUGGAAAUCUAGCAUACCAGCUGGGAUAUGAUGAUAUUAAUCAAGUAAUUGGAUCUGGAGGCUCGAGUCUGGCUUUUAUCUCAUACCCAGAUGCGAUUGCGCAGUCACCCUUUGUACCCCAGCUCUUUGCCGUGCUUUUCUUCUUGAUGAUGACAGUAUUGGGUGUAGGAUCUGGUGUGGCGCUACACUCAACAGCAAACACUAUAUUGCUCGAUGCAUUUCCCAAAGUUCCAACAGUGUAUAUGGCGGCUGUGACUUGCAGUUGCAACUUCCUUAUUGGACUCGUUUUUGUAACCCCGGGUGGACAAUAUAUCCUCGAAUUGGUGGACCACUACGGUGGAACUUUCAUGAGACUGUUUGCCGCUAUAGUGGAAACUAUUGGCAUCUUUUGGAUUUACGGCCUAGAGAAUAUGUGUCUGGACAUUGAGUUCAUGCUAGGUCUGAAGAGCUCUUUCUACUGGCGUAUGUGUUGGGGUCUCAUUACACCGUUCAUGAUGAUAGCAGUCUUCUUUUAUUCCUUUAUUACAACUGAACGGCUCAUGUUUGGACAAACAUAUGAAUAUCCAGAAUAUGCUUAUAUUUUUGGUUCCGUGCUUCAGUAUGCUGGAAUUGCAUUAAUACCACUCUUUAUGAUAAUUACUUUUUACAAGUACAGAUCUCGCAAUAUUAUUGAGACUCUGAAACGCUCAUUCAAGCCAAAACCGACGUAUGGGCCUGCUAUUCCCGAAAAGCGAGAAGAGUAUUUCCAAUUCCGCCGUCAAGCAAAAUACGAGCGCAACUUAAAACGAAAGAACUGGUUCCACCACAUCGCACUAAGCCUCGUAGGCGGCUACAGAUGGAAAAGCUAG